AUGUCUCUCUUCUACCCGCGCUCCGCCCUCUCCCACCCUUCCUCCUCCCUCGGCAACCAGCCCACCUUUUCCUCUCUCUUCCGCAUGCUCGACGACUUUGAGAAGUACGCCCAACAAGUCAGCAGCGGCUCCCUGAUCCCGACCAACCUCGGUUCCUCCCUCCUUCCUUCUCUGCCCUCAACAGGCGCCACCGGCGGCGUCCUCGAGACCUUCAACCCCAAGUUCGACGUGACCGAGGACGACUCCGGGUACACCCUCCAAGGCGAGCUGCCGGGCGUGGACCCCAAGAACGUCGACAUCGAGUUCAUUGAUCCGCAGACCCUCGUCAUCUCGGGCCGCGUCGAGCGCACCCAUACCGAGGGAGACCCCAACUUGCGUCUGGGCGGCCCGGCGGAGAGUAAGAAGAUUGAGGGUGGUGGUAAGGAGCAGAAGGAACAGAAGGAGACUAAGGAGCAGAAGGAGCAAAAGGAGCAAAAGGAGCAGAAGGAACAACAGGAGGGAAAGCCUAGCACCCCGAGGUACUGGUUGAGCGAGCGCAGCUAUGGAGAGUUCAGGAGGGUGUUCAACUUCCCGACUCCGGUGGAUCAGGAUAAUGUGAAUGCCAAGUUUGAGAAUGGGAUUUUGAACAUCAAGGUGCCCAAGUCGGAGAAGAAGGGGAGUCGCAAGAUUUCCAUUCAGGCCGGCCAGAGCUCUUGA